CCAACUGUAUACUCACUUCCCCUGCAACACAUCUAAUUAUGGAAGUUUUGGAAAACACUUGUGAGGUGGACCAGUCUAAUGAGAAGGAGAGGUUGAAAAUGAGGAAUGCUGUUUUGGAGGAGAGUGUGAAGUCCUCCGAGGUGGAGUGUAAAGCCAGCAGAGAGACGGUGCUGAGGCUGGUGGCGGAGCUGGACCGAGAGAGGAGGAAGGCUGCCAGCAGUGCAGCAGCAUUCGAUUCACUCAAAGUGGAGUUAGAUGGCCUGGUGGUGGGAAGGAGGAGUGUUGAGAUGGAUAAAGAAACUCUAAUGGAGAGGCUGGAGGCCAGCAAGAGGGUGAUAGAGGCAGCUCGGCGAGAGUCGAACUGUUUGGAGAAACAGGUGGAGGAGCUUGAAAGAAAGCUGCACUCAAGCCAAGGAGAGACUCAGGCAGCUGAAGACAAACUAAAGAGGUUCCUUAAAACACUGGCAGGUCUGCUGCAGGUUAAGUCUGAAAAUGUCAUCCUGCCUACCGAGAGAGAUAUUUUACAGAAACUGGAUAAGACUGUGUCAGAGAUGGAUACCAGGCUGUGUCAUGUCUCCGAGGAGCUAAGGGAGCAGACGGAGCUCCAGGAGAGUGCACUACAGAGGGCGCAGCUCGCAGAGCAGCAAGUUCAGGACCUGAGGGAGAGACUGCAAGGUCUGGAGACUGAGCUGCUGACAGCGGACAUGCAUCAUGACGGGCUUCAACACAGCAAACAGCAUUAUGAGGAGUUCCUGGAACAGCUGUCAGAGACAAUGAUGGUUGACAGUAUUGCUCUGGAUCUAGGCUUCGACAUGAGACUGAAAGUCAUCUUGUCACGUGCAGAACAACUUGUCAAACAAGAAGGAAAUGCUCUGAUGGAGAGCAAAAGUCUAACUUACAGUUUACAGCGAAAGUUAAAAUUACAGAAGGACCAACUAGAGAGUAAAUCAUUACACAUUCAGCUUCUGCGGAAGAAGGUGUCAGAGCUGGAGGAGGAGAAGAGGUGUCAGUCAGCGUUGGCUGUGGAACGAGAUGAUGCUCAUCUGGAGGCCAGGAAGCUGCAGAAAAAAAUAGAGCGUCUCCAGGGCGAGCUGAAGGCCACCAAGCUGUCCAACACUGAGCUCAAGGCCCAGCUCUCCCACACUAAUGAGCUCAAGUGUAAAGUCAUGCAACAGAGUCAGACCAUGCAGGAGCAGAAAAAGAGGCUGGAUCAGCUGGUGGAGGGGAAAGCCAAGGUGGAGAAGAAACUGAGCUCAGUGAGCUCAGACCUACAGAGCCAAGAGACGAAGACCAGAGAGGAGCAGCAGCGACUCAUCACCCUCAGACAGAGCCUGGCUCAGCUGUCUGAGAGGGAGAGAGAAUUAGUCGAUUUCCGGAUGGUUGUUUCCCAGAUGCUUGGUUUGGAUGCCAUGGCGCUGCCUCUCCCAAAUUAUGAAAUAAUCAAAUUACUAGAGACCCUUCUUCACCCUCAUCAUCACCAUCACCACCUUCAUCGCCAUGUGAAUAUGCCCUGGCAUUGUCCUACUCACCAGAGGCCUUAUCUCCCCCAAAUCCAGGAUCUUCCUCACAGCUCCUCCUUGGAUGUUUCUAGGUCUGCAUGUCCAGAAGAUGCAGUUCCCCUUUAAGAAACCUAGAUUUAUACAUUAUACUUAUGCCAAACUGCACUUAAGGUGUAAAGGUAUUAUUGUUUUAAAAUAGACCUUAUACA